UUAUAUACUCUCUUUCUCUUCUUUCUAUAAAAAAUGAAUAACGAUACUAUUAAUACUGACAGACCUUUGAUUGUUGGACCAAAAGAACUUGAAGCACCUUAUCCUAUCUCUGUCUCGGGGACUGUUGUAAAAGGGUUUGGACGUGGGUCAAAGGAAUUGGGUAUUCCUACAGCCAACUUGAAUGAAGAGGCGUUAAAUGAAAUGUUUAACGAGUGUGAAACUGGUGUUUAUUACGGCUGGUCCCAAGUAGGAGAUCAAGAUUCGACUGUUUAUCCUAUGGUCAUGAGUUUGGGUUGGAAUCCUUAUUACAAGAAUGAAAAGAGAUCUGCUGAAGUCCAUAUUCUUCAUGAAUUUGAAUCUGACUUUUAUGGUGAAUCUAUCCGUAUCAUAGUAGUAGGCUAUAUUCGUCCUGAACAAAAUUAUCCUUCUCUUGACGCUCUUAUUCGUGAUAUCAAGACAGAUAUUGAAGUCGCCAAACACUCACUAAAGCGUGAAGCCUACGAGGCUAUUCGUGAUGAUUCUCUCUUUAAAAAGAGUGAAUGAAAAGGAGAGUAAUAAUAGACUUGAAAAAAAAAUAAGCAAAAAUUAAAUUCUAGAAACUAAGCAGAGCAUGAGAUACAUAAGUAGUAUUUGCAUUAGGUUAUCAGAAAGAGCAGAGAAUAGAAGGGAAAUAAAAGAGAAAUAAAUUAGUAAUAGACAUUAACCAGUCUAUGUAUAUGAGGAG